AACCUAGUACUUCCGGAACUGUCAAUGUGAGCUCAUUAGAUUAUACACUGCUGUCAUGUUGUUUAAUUUGGAAUUAGAUACAUAAACAAAUCAUUUUUUUUGUAAUUUAUGCACGUUGAAGCCAAACAUGGAAUGACAUUUAUGCAUCAAAUCGAUUCACUGAAGGAGUUUAAGUACUUCCUGCUCGACCAUCUGUUUACAUCAACCUCAGCAGUAUUUGUUUUUAGUUUUUUUAUUUUUGCACAUAUAUGUAUAUAUAAUAAUAAUAAGUAAUCAUGCUGAAGGCUGUUAUUCUUAUCGGAGGUCCUCAAAAAGGCACCCGGUUUCGCCCGCUGUCUUUUGAGGUGCCCAAACCUCUGUUUCCAGUGGCUGGAGUGCCAAUGCUACAGCAUCACAUUGAGGCCUGCUCUAAGCUUCCGAAUAUGAAAGAGAUCUUACUUAUUGGCUUUUAUCAGCCCAAUGAAGAAAUAAACAGAUUUUUGUCAUGCGCCCAACAAGAUUUCAAAAUCUCAAUAAGAUACCUUCAGGAGUACGCUGCUCUGGGCACCGGAGGAGGAAUCUACCAUUUCAGAGAUCAGAUUCUGUCUGGCAGUCCAGAAGCAUUUUUUGUCAUGAAUGCUGACGUGUGCUCAGAGUUUCCUCUGCCAGAGAUGCUGGACUUCCAGAAGGAGCACGGAGACGCUUACAGUUUUGUCAUCCUCGGCACCACGGCCAACAGAAAACAGUCCCUGAACUACGGCUGCAUUGUUGAGAAUGAACAAACCGAUGAGGUCUUGCAUUAUGUUGAGAAGCCCAGCACAUUUGUGAGUGACAUAAUCAACUGUGGAAUAUACCUGUUCACUCCAGAGAUAUUCCAGCACAUCGGAACAGUUUUCCAGAAGAACCAACAGGACAUGCUGUUAUAUUACGAUGAGGGAGAGGAGCAGUCCAACGGCUGGCAUCGGGCAGAGGUGAUCCGCCUGGAACAGGACAUCUUUACGGCGCUGGCAGGCCAAGGCAAAUUAUAUGUGUACAAAACAGACCGCUUUUGGAGCCAAAUCAAAUCUGCAGGAUCUGCGAUCUAUGCAAGCCGUUUGUAUCUUAACCAGUAUCACACAACACAUCCAGAGAGGUUAGCUACUAAUAGAGAAGGAGGGCCAAAGACCAGAGGAAAUGUUUAUAUACAUCCAACUGCCAACAUUGAUCCAACUGCUGUGUUAGGUCCAAAUGUGUCCAUAGGAACAGGUGUAACGAUCGGUGCAGGAGUUCGCGUGAGGGAGUCCAUCAUCCUCCAUGGUGCUACUCUACAGGAUCACAGCUGCGUGUUGAACAGUAUUGUGGGCUGGGGCAGCACCAUUGGCAAAUGGGCCAGAGUGGAAGGGACCCCUAGUGACCCGAAUCCUAAUGACCCAUAUGCCAAAAUUGACAGUGAGACACUGUUCAGAGAUGGAAAACUAACACCGUCCAUUACAAUUCUAGGCUGUAAUGUAAAUAUCCCAUCUGAGGUCAUCAUACUCAACUCCAUCGUCCUGCCACAUAAAGACCUCAACAGAAGCUUCAAAAACCAGAUCAUACUGUAGUUUCAGUUUCAGUCAUUUGUACUUGUCAUUUUCAUACAAAUAAAACAGGUAUUUGAAAUGAAAAUGAUGGAUGAAUCAUCUGAAGAUUCAGUGGCAUUUGUCUUAAAAUGUCUGCUACUGUAGUGUGCAUAUGGAUUUACCAUUAUACAGCGUUAUCACGUCAAAGCUGGAUAAAACAAAUGCAAAAAUAGUUCUGCUGUAGAAUAUCUUCUCUUUGUCAAACGGUUUCUGAAAUGACUUGAAAUUAAUUUUAUUUACAGCUUGUUGGCUCCCUCUUGUCAGUGAAAUGUCAAAGAUAUUCAAAGAAAGGUGCAAAAAAUAAAUACUGUUUAUUUGUGCAGUCUGUUACCAUUCGUUCCAGCAUUUAACAUGCCAUGUAAAACAAA